AUGAUACAGUUUCAAUCUAUAGCACAAUUGAACACUACCAUCAUUGAAUUUGAGACCACAAUAUUAUUGACUGAACUACUAAUGAUGCUCCUGUACUCCAGGUGGUCAUUUGGAGUUGUUCUGUGGGAAAUCAUGAUGAAUGGAGCGAGUCCUUAUCCUGGAAUAACACCACAAAGACUAUAUAAUCUUUUAAAAGCUGGAUACCGAAUGACGAAACCAGAUUACUGUCCAGACGAAGUAUAUCUCCUUAUGAGGCAGUGUUGGAGAGCAAUACCACGUGAGCGGCCGUCUUUCAAGGAAUUGGUUUUAAAAUUAGAUUUCGUACUCCAAGACACUGUUGAAUAUAUGGACUUCGUACCCAAAUCCAAAGCGAAGCUGUUAACUCCGGAGGAAAUUAUUAUACCCUCAAAUGUACCAUCGACUUCAGUGAAAUAUACGACAGUUUUGUUGGAAGAUGACGAAGAUGAUAUUUCUGGAGGAGAGUGUAAUGAAACUAUUGGUCUAGUCAGCCUAUUUGAGCAAGCAGUACGAGACUAAUCUAGUUAAAUACCUCAAAAUUAGUCUAUUUAAUCAUAAAAACAAGAAAUGGGACAUAAUUAACUGCAUCAUACAACCAUUGCCUGAACACCAUGUAACUUUUCUCAUCAAGUUCAAUGGCUUUAAGCGUCACAAUUACACCAUAUGACCGUGCUUGAGCAAGCAUGCAACUUUCCUAAUCAAGUGCAAUGACCAUAUGGUGCAUUCUCAACUUCAUCAUAAUACCAAUGUAGGGCAACCAUGCAACUUUUCUAAUCAAAUGCAUUAUCCAUAUAGUGUGUUCUCAACUAUACUAUAUGACCAGUCAUGGGCAACCAAGUUACUUUUUUAUUCAAUUGCAAUGCUCAUAUAAUAUAUUCCUUACAUCAGAUUAUCACAACAGGGUAACCAUGAAACUUGUAGAGUAAAAUGCAAUGGCUUACAUAGCGUAUUCUCAACUUCUCCAUAUGACUAUUCAUAGGCAAUAUAUAUUCAUGGGCAACUAUGUAAUUUUUCUAAUCAAACACAAUAGCCAUAUAGUAUAUAAUCAAUUAUAUAUGCCCAUUCAUGGGUAACCAUGUAACUUUUCUAAUCUAUUGUAUUGAUUAUAUGACUCUCACUCUUGGGCUAUGUAUACGGGCUAUGUAUUCUCAACUGCAUCAUAUUAUCACUCUUGAGUUACCAUGUAACUUCUCUAAUCAAAUGCAAUGACUUAUAUAGCGACUCUAAACUACAUCAUAUGAUCAUUCAUGGAAAACGAUGUCUAUUCAUGGCCAACUAUGUAGCUUUCUUAAUCAAAUACAAUAGCCAUAUGGCGAAUUAUCAACUAUAUAUGUCCAUUCAUGGGUAACCAUGUAACCAAGUUACUUUUCUAAUCUAUUGCAAUGUUCAUAUGACGUAUUCUCAAGUUCAUCAUAUUAUCACUCUUGGGUAACCAUGUAACUUUUUUUAAUCAAAUACAAUAGCCAUAAAACGUAUUCUUAACUAUACAAUAUGUCCGUUCAUGGGUAAACAUGAUUCUUUUCUAAUCAAUUGCACUGUUCAUAUGGUGUAUUCUCAACUACGCCAUAUGAUCAUUCGUGGAAAACCAUGUAACUUUUCAAAUCGAAAAUAAUGGCUCUAUGACGUAUUUUCUCUUAUAUCAUACCAUGUUCUUAGUCCACCAUGCAAUUUUUCAAGUCUAGUCAAAUAACUAUCUAUUUAAUUAAGUGGAAUCAAAAGCUGCUUUUGUCAUAAGAACUGAUCAAAUGACACGUAAUAAAAUGAGAGAAAUUAAGUAAUUUUUAUAUGUAUUUGCGUGUUCUUUAUUGAUUAUUGUUGUGGCCGUUGUGUGUGAUAAUUGUAAAUACAAUAAUUAUAGUCUGUCACCAGGAGACAAAUAUCAAACCUUCUGUGAUCUUGUAUAUAAGAUUUGAAUUUUAACAGAAUGUAGGUUGCUGUUAUAGAUUUGAAAAUCGUAAGUUCAGAAAUUAUCAAUGCCAUUCACAUAAAUGUUUCGGUUUCGUUUUCACAAUUAUUUUUCCAUAUCUGCUGUAAAUGCUUAGAAAUUUUAAAGAGAGAUGGCAGCACUAGAAUUUCUCUACGAUAAAAAUGAUAGAGGUUUUUUAAAAACAUGGAACAGAGGUAAAUAUUUUUACUAGAGCUGGAUCUGGGAUUUAUUUUUGAAAGGAUUAAAAGUGGUAAAUAUUUUUGGAAGGGUUUUAUAAACGUGGGGAAUGUAUUUUUGAGACUGAAAGGACACUAAAUUUUAUUUCGAAUAAGUAUUAUAUAUAUAUCCUCUUUCAGAAUUGUCCUUUGUUUAUUUUUUGCUCAAAAACUGAUGUAUUGCUAAAAAUUGUAAGUGCAGUUACAUUGAAUUAUAUACUGUCAAAUGCUUCGAUUUAAAUAAGUCUUCUAAAUCUACUACGAAUCAGUGCA